GACAAAAUAUUAGAGUAAACAUAUCCAUAAUCUUGUUUUAUUGUUAGAUAUCACCUCGAACUAUUUGGCUCGCAAAUCUCAACAAACCAACAUAUCUUCAGAAGCCCUUUCAUUUGCCAUGAUUGCCGAAUUUACUGCUUCCAUUAUCGCCAAAUGCUGCGAUACACAGAUACAGCAAUUACAGUUAGAAGAAGCAGGUGCCAUUCAACCACUUGUAAACCUGUUACAUUCUGGCUGUAUUAAGGCACAGGAAGCUUCAUUGGAUGCCAUUGCUACCUUGUGUAGAGAGAACAAGAAAUUGGGCGAACAAAUCAUUCGAUCCAAAUCUCUUCAUUCUAAUCAACUGACUACCAACACAAUGCUUGAUUUUGUAAAGGACAAAUGUCCUAAUAUGCGAUUGAUUGCAGCCACAUGCUUGACCAACCUAUAUCGUACAGGUGUAUUCUCAGAGCCUUUUAGUGAAAUUACUCUGGUUGUCUUGCCAGCACUUGUCAAGCUAUUACAGGAUCCAACAGACAAUGUUCAAGAGAAAGCACCACUUGUGUUGGCUGACUUGAUCAAGGACAGUGAGGAAAUGCAAAAAGCUGCUUUUGAUGCAGAUGCUAUUUCUCGUUUAGCUGAUCUAUUGGCGAGUGUUUCUUCUAAAGAUGCAGAUGAAGAAGAAACACAGCCCUUGGGUGUAUUUGGUGUAGGCAGUGUAGCUAAAAGAAAAGAAAAGAUCAAAGAGAAUUCGCUGAUUGCUAUUGCUGCUGCUACUCUACUUAAAGAAGAGUGUCGUACACAGGCUAUUGAGGCUAAAGUAUUGCCUCAUGUUAUUUCUGGCUUAAACAGUAAACAUCCCAAUGUUCGCUUGGCUGCUUGCCAAUGUGCCAAAUCUUUAUCAAGAAGUGUAAGUCAUUUAAGAACAAGUUUAGUAGAUGCAGGUAUUGCACCUCCUUUGAUUAAGUUAUUGUAUGAUGAAUGUACUGUUGUUCAGGCUGCUGCAUGUGGUGCAUUGUGUAAUCUCGUACUUGAGUUUUCCCCUAUGAAAAAGAGUGUGAUUGAAGCAGGUGCUAUUGCUCGUUUUGUUGAAUAUUCUCGAUCUGAGGACGCUAAUUUGCAACUGAACGGUGUCUGGGCUCUGAAUAAUAUCUUGUUUAGAGCUGAUCUACAGGCAAAGAAGGCUGUGAUGGAUGUGUUGACCUACAAUGCACUGAUUGAUUUAGUAUAUAAAUCCAACAUGAAUAUCCAAGAACAAGCACUCGAAAUUGUGCGUAAUUUGGUCUAUGGAAAACAGCAAGAUACAGACUGGGUAAUUGAAGGCAUUGGAAAAGAAGAUUUGUUGGAUGUGUUGGAAAGUAAAUUACAAGUGACUUCUAAUAUGGGUAUUGAAGAAGAAGAUAUAGAAGAGGCUGUGUCAACUCAAGUGUUAGUGCCUGCACUUUACAUUAUAGUCAACAUGUCAAGCAAUGCAGAACAGCCCAAGAUGGCAUUGAUGAGUAGGCCUAAUAUCGUCAAUAGCGUGAUUCAUCAUUUGUCUCAUGAAAACCCUUCUGUUCGUUUGGCUGCUACCUGGUGUAUUAUCAACUGGACUUGGGCAAAUGCUGAAGAGGAUCAAGAAGGUAAAUUUAAGUAAGAAAAACAUGAAAUGACCAACAGACUCUAGACUUGGCUACACGCUGCCGUCGUCUAAAGAACUUAGGCAUUGAAGAAAAGUUAGAGGCCAUGGAAAGAGAUUCAAGCAGAGAUGUUCGCGAUAGAGCAAAAAGUGCAUUAGAUCAAUACCGCGAAGUGAUUGCUGAUAUGACAGUUUAGUCACAAUAAUAAUAAUAAUAAUAAUAAUAAUAAAUGAUGGUAUCAAACACUUUAUUUUAAUCUAAGCAGAACAGGCAGAAUUAUCAGCCUUAGCAUUUAAGAUGAGUGCAACAAUUAGACCAUAAAGACCAAGGACUUCAGCAAAAAUCAGGAUCAAAACCAUAGUGACAAACAAACGGCUUUCUCUGACAUAUCCACGAACACACUAUAAACAAAGUCAAUACAUAUAAAACUACAUAGAGCA